GUGAGAAAAAUCACAGUGUAAAUCCAUCUUCGGAAUCGCUCUAUACGCUCCGACUGAAAGAGUGGUCGCGACAAAUUCUCGUGGCGAAAUUGUCGACAGAGUGGGAAAUGUGUAUCCUCAAUUUAAUACCAUCUCAUUUGAAAAAUAAUCAUCCAAAGUGUGUGAACAAAGUUUUGAGAGAAAUAAGAGAACUGUACGAAGAAGUGAUGGUGGAUUGUAGCAUAGCAUCGAUCGUUGGCACGCUGAGUGAGAACACCAACGAUAAAUUCAUAACCAAAACAACGUAUAAUGAGACGAAUAAUCGAGUUGGCUGAUGAAAAACUUGCUCGUGUCGUAGUCGACCUUGACGAUAUCGUAGAGGGCAAUAAUGGCGGUAAUUUCGAGAUAUCGGUAUUGGAGGACGAAAUGAUGAAAGAGGUCGCUCGAGUCGCGUGGAUCAUAAAGAACGAGUAUUAUCCCGAAGUGCUGAAGACCAUAACAAUGACGUUCAAUAGUGAUUCGAAUCCGGUUCAGUCUUCGAAGGGUAACAAUGGAAAACGCGUCCAAAAAAAUAUCACUCAGAUGUCCUCGAUUGGAACUCCGGUUGGUUUGGAAACCUGAGGACAGUCGACUCUCGAUCGAACCUCCAAUUUUCCAAAUAUAUUCCAUGUGGCAUUCGCUCAUUCGUGGAGUGGAAAACAUAGCCGAUGAUUUGCCAGGAUUCGAAGAAGAAUCGAUGUUCCCUGGAGGGCGGACUGAGCCGAUGAGAAUAGCUUUGCCCGAUUGGUAUUCGAGCGAAGGCCAUCGAAAGGUUGACGAGGCAUUGGCAAAGGCAGUGAACCCCCUGAAAAAAUACUUUGUCAAAAUGGCAGAUGAUUUCGAGGCUGUAACAUCUGCUGAAACUAGAAAAAAAAUAGAAACUUUGAUUUUGCCCAUGGGCCAAGCAGGGACUGCGCAGAAUGUUGACAUGAAUAUCGAUUAUCGGUCCAGCGUCAAAGUGUUGAACGAACAGAACGAACAGGCAAGUGGGAUCACCGAGAUUUUGGACUCAUUUGACAUUGGAAGACUGGAUCAGAGACCCGCCAGGAUACAACUCAUCGACGAAGUUGCUGAUACCAGAAAAAUUCUCAUCGAAGGCAUGCUCCAACGUCACGAAGAAUACAACGAAAAAAUUUGCCAGGAUUUCGAAAAUUUACGGGAUAAAUUACUAGACAUUCCGGACACUGCACACGAACUGUUCAAGCUUAGUGAGUUGAUCGCUUAUCCUUCGAUGAGCCUUUUACUGGAAGGAUUCGAGGCCAGGGUCUCCAAGUCAGUCGAAAUGCUGAACUCGUUGCUCGCCCUCACGAGUGACAUGAGCGAGAAACACGUGCGGAUCAAUGGGGCUACGAUAAACUGGCUUGUCGACAUUAAGCCGAUCGUCACCAAAAGUAACACGUUGUGCGAGGCGAUGAAGAGCGAACUCGAGGACGAACUGCAGAGGCGAAUAGCUCGCUUGAACCUCGAGAUCGAAGCUAUUCUGCCGAAAUUUGAAGUAUUGGAUUACAUGGAUGAUCCCACGAGGGUGGACGACUACGCGGACCACAUCGGAGAACUUCUCGGUCACCUCAACCAGUUGGAUCAAGAAAUCCAGAAGAUUAACUACGAGGAGAAGCUCUUCAAGUUCCCCGAAACGAGUUUUACCAGCGUUGAGGAAAUCCGAGAGAUUCUACUGCCUGUAAAGACCCUUAAUAGUCUUGUUAAGGAGUGGAAUCGCGAUCACGCCGUCUGGAUGGAUGGCCCCUUCGAAUACAUAAACGCCGCUGAGGUCCGAAGGAAAACGAUUCACCACUAUCGAGAAACUUUCGAGCGACUCAACGGAAGCCUGCGUGUAAAGAUUAAAAACGACCUUCAACAGUCAUCUUCGUCCGCUGGACCAUCAACGGCCAAACGACUGAAACUCUACACUGGAAUCGUUGACGAUCCUGAUCCCAUGCAACAACCAGCUCCCCUGACCAUGUGCACCCAGGUCCUGGAACAAGUAAAACAGUUUGAAUCGCACCUCGAACUCAUUGAUUGCGUUUGUAAUCCUUCACUGAGGCAACGACACUGGCAUGAAAUUUCCCUCAUUUAUCAACAAUCCCGAAGAAUGAGUAAGGCCAACAGCGAUCGAUCUGCAUCGUUAGCAUCGUCGUCUUUGAUAGUCGAUACCCCGUUGGAAUCUGCUGGAGAACCGUCGAUCUCAGCCCCUGAUGCAGGGACCACUCUCUCCAAGCUGAUACGCCUCGAUCUUGCCAAGGAUAUUGAGAAAUAUCGUGUUAUCAGUAUCGGCGCGAAUAAAGAGCUGGCUUUGGCUGAUCGUCUCAAUCGAAUGAUUGCACGGUGGGAUACCGUCGAUUUUAGCAUUGGACAGAGCCCCGUUGCCAUUAAAACCUUCCUUCGUAUCGAUGAAAUUGAGAGCCUGAUGGAAGAGCACGAGACCGUCAUCGGCGAAAUGAGAGUUUCGUAUUUCGUUAAACCAAUCAUCCAGGAACUUGCCGAUUUUUCGUGUGCCUUGAACAAUGUGAACUGCGUAGUCAAAUCGUGGCUUCGUAUUCAGAAAGACUGGCAAGAAUUUGAAAAAGUUUUUGUCAAAAAGGCAAAAAAUAAAGACCUCGCCCGGGCACACGAUCGUUUCUUCAGCGUCCGUCAUGACGUUAUCCAGGUCGUAGAAAAAACCAUUCUCAAAGAACCUAAAUUUCGUGCCAUCGGUGCAGAAUCUUCAAAGUUGUCUAAAUUACUGGCCGAAGGUGAAGAUACUUUGGAAGGUGUGCGAGGAAUGGUGCAGUCGUUCAUUGGAGACGUGAGGAAGCUUUUUCCCAGAUUUUACUUCAUCUCUGAACGAGAAGCCAUCGACAUUCUUUUCGAGACGAAUUUUCAAAAAAAAAUGAGCCUCCUCGUGAGAAGGUGCUUUACGAACAUGAACGCCACGAAGUGUAAUCCUGUUCCACCUCUUAAGAAUCGUGACGAUUCAAAAGACAGAAAUAGUUGUCGAGUCACGUCUAUUAUCGACAGCUCCUCCCAAGAGUUCACUCUGAUUGACCCAUUUAACGAAAAAUCAAGUGAGAAGUUAGUUCCUGGUGUCAACGGUUCCUUCGUCAGCCCUUUCAUCACCUUGGAAGAAACUCUAAGGCACACCAUACGUCAUACAAUAACCAAAAGCUUUUACAGUUUGCUCGAAUUGGAUGAAGUGGCUAGUAAUGACCUAGAGCAGAUUUUAUCGAUCUUGACUGACGGCCCAGUAGAACUGGCUGGACUGUGCAGUCUGCGAUUGCUUUGGUCGACGAGGAUGGAAGAAGCCUUGAACCAUGGUGAAGUGGUACCUGCAAUGGAUGGUCUUACGUCCUACGAGUUAGAGCAAUCGAAAAUGAUCGAGUUGAUGCUCGCCAGGUUAAAAGACAAUACGAUUCCAAGGACCCGUCGUAGGAAGCUGGUUCUUUUCAUUGUUGAGAUUCUGAAACAACGUGACAUAACGAAAUUGAUGAUGAGCAAAGUCGUGAAAAGUGGUGGAAGGUUUGCUCGAGAUAAUUUCGCAUGGAGGGCACAAAUCCGCUAUUACUGGAGGGAUCCUGACGUCGCAGUGUCGCUACUCGCUUCGGAAGAAUCUUACGGCUACGAGUACAGCAGCUGCAUCGAAAAAGACUCGGUCAUCUGUACACCUCUCACAGAGAGAUGUUACCACAGUUUGAUGGAAGCCCACCGCAAUCGACUCUACGGACUUGUUUACGGUCCGGGAGCGACCGGGAAGACUCGAACCAUAGAAGCUUUGGCCCGGGUACUUGGCGUGGUUUUCAGGACUUUUGACUGUGCUCAAGGUCACCUGAAUAGUUACCAUUGCAUGGAUAGUGUUUUCCAUGGGCUUGCAGGCUGCUCUCCGUCGUCGAGUUCAUCUUGUUGGCUGCUUUUCAAGAACCUCGAUGACAUCAGACUCCAAGGAUUAUCGGUGCUGGCUGAGAGAAUAACGUCGAUAAAAAGUAUGAUCGAGAAGCGUUGUUUCGUCACCGGAACCAUAUCAACUCGAGCUGGAGCACCAAAAGGUCGAUCAGCAUUACCUGAUGCGGUGAAAGUGCUUUUCCGACCCGUCGCUUUUGCUUUUCCUGAUACGAAGAGAAUCGUCGAGAUCUCUCUUUUUGCUGAAGGUUUUUCAACGGCUGCAACACUCGCCGAGAAAUUGGGACUCUUUGUAAAGUACUUGAGUGAAACCACGUGCAGUUUCACUGUCAUUCGGGACUGCUGGGACUCUGGUAUCAGGACGACCAGGACUCUCGUCAAGACUGCAUGUGCGUUAAAAACUCGUUAUCCUAACGAGAGCGAAGAUACGUUGCUCUUGAGAGCUCUGAUCGACGUUCAUCUACCAAAGUUAAUCAGGCCACAUGACCUUGCGACCUUCCAACACAUAGCAGACGACUUGUUCCCCAACGUGGUUCUACCGCCUCCGAAUUAUGGGAAUCUCAUGAAAGCGAUCCGACGAGAACUCGAUGAAAAUGGGCCUCUGAAUGGCGAGCACGAUCCCUACUUGACCUUGAUAUUGAAAAUCAUCCAGUUGUUUGAACUUCUACUCACUGGGCAAGUCAUCCUGGUCGUUGGUUCUUCACUCGCUGGCAAAACAACGAUGAUCGAGACUCUUGCUCGCAGUCUCUCGUCCAUGGAUCACGAAGAUGAGCCACGGCUGAGUGUAGACUCCACUAGGAUCAACCAUCAGUCGUACAGCGGCGAAGAACUUUUUGGCAGCUGCGGUCGACGCUCGCAGAGUUCGGGAGGAUUAUGUUGGAAAGAUGGAAUUUUGAGCCGAGCUCUCCGAGGCACAACGACAGCGAGGAAUCCAGAUGGGGGAAAAACGAGGCGGUGGCAGUGGCUUGUACUCGAUGGGCCUCUCCACACCUCUCUCAUCGAUAAAAUGACCACUUUGUUGGAUACAAAUGACAGAACACUGGUCGUCGGAUCUGGUGAGAAAAUUCCCAUGGGCGACUCGACGUCCAUCGUAUUUGAAACUUCUAGUACGAUUGAAGCUACUCCUGCAACCAUUUCGCGUUGCGGUAUCAUUCACAUAGAGGAGUCAUCGACGAUCCAUUGGAAGACGAGGAUAAAACAGUGGAUAUUUAAACACCAAACGUCCCCUCGUGGCCUAAUACCUUCUCCUUCGUCCUCCGAGCAUCGAGAUGGAAAAACGAGUGUCAAUGAGGGAUACGACAAUUUUUUGCAAUCUUUGUUGGAGUGGUCGCUCGACAAGUGUCUCGGAUUCAUUCAGAAAAAUCUCAUCAGUCGUCAAGGUGGUCUACCGAUCGAUGAAAAUCAUUCAAUUGCAUCGGUACUUAGACUACUCGAGAUCUAUUUGACAGGAGCCUUGGAACAGAGUGAGGAUCAUCCUGGUAAGGGCUUAUUGUCUAAAGAUUCGUCUGGGGUAUCAUCAAGGGAUAGGCGGAACCCGCACGAAGAAGAUAGGAAACAGGACCACGUAAAAAACUCGGAAAACGAACGAGUGAAAUUGUAUACCACCAACUUUUUCUCCUGGUCUCAAGCAGCUGUGCUCAUGUCAAUCGUUUGGGGGCUCGGUGGAUCUCUUCAUCGAGAGGCUCGCGUGGCAUUCGAUGAAUUCUGUAGAUCAAUGUGGCGGACCAAUGCUGAUUUCCCAUACGACGUUAUAAGUGCACCCAGCGAAGGUCUCAUCGAAGAUAAUAUUUACGUCUUCAGCGCAGGAGCUAGUGGAAGUGGGUGCUGGAGACACUCGUUGGAAAGGAUAAAAAAAACAAACGUAGCUGGUGAUGAGAUUGAUCAUUUUUGGAGCUCCAAACCGAAUGCAACGAGCUACGUAAGCACGGUUGAUAGUGUCAGGUAUAUGAGCCUCUUCGAAAGUCAUGUCAAGAGUGGGCAGCCGUUCCUUGUGACUGGCGAAACAGCCAGUGGCAAGACUCUCUAUUUGCGGCAUCUCUUGAAGACCAAGAUGGCUCCGAAGGGCUAUCAAACGAAUUUUUACAAUUUUGGAGCUGACAGCUCUUCGUUCGUUGACUCUAACCAAAUGGUCCAGAACUUGAUUAUCUCGAGAAUGAAAAAAGUUGACAAACGCGUUUACGAACCGAACAACCGGGCUAAAUUCUGCGUUAAUUUUAUAGAUGACUGGAGUGUCGUGCCAGGAUCAAAGGGGGAUGCAACUUUGAGGGAAUUGAUCAGACAAUAUUACGAAUCUUCGCAUCCCGAUGGAUGCUGGUACGACGUGAAUACCGGUGAUCGCAUUCUACUCAACAAUCUUAUAUUCCUGGGUGCAAUAGACCAAUCAGCGACUCGGAAACAUUCUAAUCUGUGUGGGCUCGGAGACGGGAGAUGGCUCGAAGCAGGAAGAUUCUUCCGACACUUUAAUUUGUACCUCAUCGAUCCUCCAUCAGCAAAAUCCAUCUUCCGAAUCGGUCACAAUAUACUGUUGUCAAACUUGCGGAGCAACAUGUUUAACGCUGACGUUUCUGGAACUGUAACGAGUAUCAUAAAUGCGACCAUCGAAGUUUACUCUUCCAUUGUCCAGCGCCUGAGACCCGUGCCAAGCAAGCUGCAAUACCGGUUCAGUCUUCGAGACGUCAGCCGCCUCAUCGACGGAUGCUGCCUGAUUCACAAAGAAUCAGCCGAAACGAAAGUCACGUUGAUGCGACUCUGGGUCCACGAAAUGAUCAGAGUUUUCGCCGACCGUGUGGUGGAUCAAAGCGACGCCGAAUGGUUUUUCGACAGAAUGAAAGAAUCUGCAAAGUCCCAUUUUAAGGACACUUGGGACACGGUCUUCGACAGCCUACCAAAACACGCAGUCCCUGGCGGUCCAGACCAAUUAACCAAGGACAGCUUUCGCCAUUUAGUGUUUUCCGAUUUUAUGCGACUACCGGAUACGCCACGAGAUUCGGAAGUGAUCCGAAACAAUGCUAGAGCCUCAAUCAGCUCUGGUGAAAAUACGGCAGCCAAGCAGCAGCAGCAGCAGCACCGCUACGAAGAAAUCAAUUCCUUUCGCGAUGGGUUAAAAAACCGAGCCCUUUUCUAUCUAGAACGCUACAAUGAUCAAGUCAAUGUUGAGAGGAAAUUAGAUUUACUCCUGUUUCCUGAAAUGUUGGAACAUCUCAUACGGAUCUGCCGGAUUCUUGAUAUUCCUGGUGGCAGCCUCUUGAUGAUUUGCUUUGGCGGAAGCUCCGGAAGAAGAUCCCUCACUGCUCUUGCAGCUCACAUCAAGUCACAGCGGUUAGAGGAACUCAGCUGCGGUGUCAUCGAGUCAAUGAUGUCUUCGAACACGCCUCUGGCUGCUUGGAGAGAUGACUUCAAAAGGGCGUGUUUCAAUUGCAUUGGAGAAUCGAGCAAGGAUUUCUGUAAUGACCUGGGGGCCACUAAUACACGAAUCAAAGAUUGUACGUUUUUUAUAAGCGAUCGAGAAAUCAUCGGUUCCAACAGUUGCUCGAGUAUCCUCAGUGAUAUUUGCAGUCUGAUGAAAACGGGGCAAACGACGGAUACGAACUUCUUCACGACCGAGGAACGAGACAGUAUCGUAGAAAAGUGUCGUUUAUUAGCUCAAAAGGGGGACCGCAAUCGCGAAAUGAGCAGCCUUGAAGUAUUGGAUUAUUUUUAUCACACAUGCCAAGAGAAACUUCACUUUGUUUUAUAUUUUGAUAAAUCGGGGCUGAGAAGUCAAGGCCCGCUCGGGGAAGGGACUUUAGCUAAAAUUCUAAAUCACUGUACCAUCGACUGCUGUGGAAAUUGGCCUGAGGAAGCACUUUACGAGAUCGGUAACAAGUUUAUGAAGUCCGUUGACAUCGAGAAUCGUGUGAAAUCCGCGACCAUCACAGUGAGUAAAUAUUUUUGGGACGACGUGAUCAUCGGGAAGGAAAACGCCGAGGGAAUAAAGAGCGAUCGAUCGUCGGCUGUCGUCGCGUCGAGGGGAUUGCCAGUAGCCGCUUAUAUUCACAUGGUCAAGUUGUACGGGCUCUCGAUAAACAAACGCCAAAACGAGAUUCGCGUAUCCAGAGAAAAAUAUCUCAGUGGAUUGGACAAAUUAAAAUCAGCCGACGAGGAAGUGAGAAAAAUGAGAUCGACUCUGACCAGACUGCGGCCAGAGUUGGAGUCCUCGGCGAAAGAAACCACCGAGACAAUGCAGAAAAUAGAGACGGAAAAUGUGAGCGUCGAAAUGGCGACUAUUCAAGUGAAGCGUGAAGAAGAAGCGGCCAAUGAGAUUGCCGAGGUUGCCAGCAUUUUGAAGGAAGAAUGCGAGGCCGAUUUGGCCGUGGCUAUACCGAUCCUUGAGGAUGCGAUAGCCGCCCUCAACACUCUCAAACCAACGGACAUUACGCUGGUGAAGGCGAUGAAAAAUCCACCAGACACAGUGAAACUCGUUUUAGCCGCGGUUUGUGUUAUGCUUGGUGUCCCACCCGAUCGCUCAACCGAUCCCGUGACCGGCAAGAAGUCCAUAGACUAUUGGGCGCCGAGCAAACGCAUUCUAGGCGACAUGAACUUUCUGCAAAACCUCAAGGACUACGACAAGGACAACAUACCACCAUCGGUGAUGACUGUCGUGAACAAAAGUUACAUGAACGACGAAAGUUUCAUGCCACAUAUUGUGGCUAAAGCUUCGAGUGCUGCCGAAGGCCUGUGCAAGUGGGUACGCGCCAUGGUUUCUUACGACGAGGUAGCCAAAGUCGUAGCUCCGAAGAAGGAGAAGCUGGCAGCAGCCGAGCGCGAAUGUAACGCUAUUCUAGAAUAUCUCAAUGAAAAACGAACCAGUUUAGCUGCGCUGAACGAAAAACUAGCUGCGCUCAACGCCAGUCUCCAGGCAACUUUGGCCAAAAAAUUGCAGCUGGAAAAUGAGGUCGCUAGUUGUACGGACAAACUGAAAAGAGCCGAAGCGCUCAUAGCCAGCUUAGCUGGGGAAAAAGCUCGUUGGCUCGAGGCCGCUGAAACUCUGACGCGCACUUGCGACAACCUGGCCGGUGACGUACUCCUCUCCUGUGGACUCGUCGCUCUUUUGAGCUCAUUCAGUGUCAACCAGCGAGAUAAUUACAUCAUGAAGUGGAGGAAAGAACUCGAUCUUCUUAAAAUACCCAACUCCGGGGAAUCCUAUGAUUUCCUCGCCUCUCUUCGGAGCAACGUAAACCCUCGUCCGGUCGGCAGUGGCCCUUCCGAAGACCCGAAACAUCGGCUGUCUUUGAAUUCGUCGUUCAAUCAAGCCAAUACUUUGAUCCUCGAACACUCUCUUCUUUGGCCUCUUAUCUUCGACCCUCAGAAUCAAGCCAAUAUAUGGAUCAAACGCGUGGAAUCUUCCAACGGACUAGUGGUCGUUAAACCAACGAAUCCACUCUGGUUUGUACAGAUUCGAGAAUGUAUCGAAAGGAAUCUUCCAGUUCUGCUGGAGAACGUGGAUCGCUCUGUGUACUUAGAAAAGACUCCGGCGAUUCUUCGUUACUCCAGUGCCUUUUCGACUUCCCCACACUUCAGACUAUACAUGACUAGCCGGAUAUCCUUCAACGAAGCUUCGGGCAGUCGCCGCCUCGACGAGCCCCACGACAUGUACAAAAGGUUCAGCGUCGUCAAUUUUGCCCUCGCAAACGAGACACUCGAGGAUCGUCUUCUGGAGAUAAUCGUAUCGCGAGAGAAGCCCGAACUGCGCAACACUUUCGACCGGCUAAUGAUGACGAGCGCUGCCAACAGGAGGCUGCUCGACCAGGAAGAAAACCAGAUUCUUGAAAUCCUGUCAGGCGCCAGCGUCAAUAUCAUCGAGGACGAGAGAGCCAUUGAAAAACUGGAUCGCUGGAAACAAUUGUCUCAUGAGAUGAAGGUUAGACAAAUUGAAACAGUGAAAGCCACCGAGCGAGAAAUGGAUGAACUUCGAAGUACUUAUCGACCUCUGACCAAGUACUGCGCUGCUCUUUACGACACUCUAGCGUAUCUCGUCAACUUCAAUCACAUGUACCGAUUCUCUUUGGAUUGGUUCGUUCGUCUGUACGUCAGAUCCAUCGACACCUCAAUGAGAAGCGUCAUUCUCCAUAAGAGGUUGAGGUACCUUGGCUCGUCCUUCACCUUGACCCUUGACGCCAGUGUAAGGAACGCUCUUCUCGAUGAGCACAAACUUCUGUAUUCUUUUCUUCUCUCCAUCAAAAUCCUUCUCGACUCUAAGAAAAUGGACCGAAUGGAGCUCGGAGCACUGUUUCUUACCAAUGUGGUUGAUUGCAAGUGCGAGGAAGACUACAACUUGGGCCAGGAAUCUGGCGUCGAAACGCCGUCCAGUGAAAUCAGGGACAUCAAGUUCACUGUAGGCCAACAACUCAGCAACGCUCUACCGAAAAUCUUUCACGACCUUCCAAAGAGUUUCCAGGAAGAAUCCUCCUUGUGGGACGGUUUCUGUAACGGUGACAUCGAAGGUCUGCCAGCUCCGUGGGACAGUGAGCUAACCGACUUCCAACGAUUGAUCCUCGUCAACAGGCUGCGACCGGAGAAAACCCUCGAGGAAGUAUAUCGGCUAGUUGAAAACACUCUGGGAUGGAACUCGUUUUCGACUUCUUCAACGAGGAUUCGAGACAACAUAGUUGCGCGUUCCUACGACGAAUCGAGUUGCGUUGUUCCACUGAUUUUCGUGUUACCAAGUUAUCUGGUGCCGCAUGGACUCGUUCAAAAGUGGGCUAGGACCAUCGGGUUUUCUUCCAAAGUCCAAAGAAUCUUGAUGCCUCCUUCCUCACCGGUGGAAUACUCAGGGAUCGAGGCCAAGAUCGAAGCAGCUCGAAAACACGGUGGAUGGGUUCUUCUGGAGAACUGUCAUCUAGCUUCGGACGAGUGGCUCGCGAGGCUCGAAAGUAUUUCGGAGUCCCUUGGUAACAACGAUGAUACCGCGUUGUCCUUCCGCUUGUGGUUAACCAGCUAUCCAAGCACGAAUUUCCCUAUAAGCAUAUUACACGAUGGUACCAAAAUUUAUUGUGAGCAGCCCGGAGAUCAGAUAAAGCAAAGCCUCUUAGACUUCUACGCUUCUGAGCCCUUGGACGAUCCAGAUUUUUACAACACUCUCAGCGCUGGCAACAACGCCAGAACUUUUUCUAAGCUCGUUUACGCACUUUGUUUUUUCCAUGCGAUUGUCACUGGGCGACAGCGAUUCCACAACCUCGCUUGGAACGUUGGAUCUUACGAAUUCACCGAUUCCGACCUCAAGAUCUCCAUCGGUUACUUGCAUCGAGGAUUUCAAAUUGAUCAAAGUCGAACAUCAACUGGCAAUGGGGGAUUGAAACGAGACAGCAAUGGAGUCGCAGAGGACCUGGUUGAAAAUUUGAUGUAUUUGGUUGGGGAGUGUUAUUACGGUGGAAGAAUCUUGGACCCUGUGGAUCGUGACUGUCUCAAAGUCAUCCUCAACAGUUGCUGCAACAUCGAGCUCGUUCGAUCAGUUAAUAAUUAUGUAUUCGAAGGUGCCGAUCAUUCGUCAACGAACGUCUACGAGUACUCUGCACCCAAUAGAACGGAAUACCGUGAUUUCGUUCGGCACAUCAAAGACUCUCUACCGAUCGGAGAAGCACCACCAGGGAUUUUCGGGUUGGACAACAACGCUGCAAUUCUGAGAGACCACCAGAAUUCAGAUUAUUUCGUACAUUCGCUGACUCGCAGUCUCCUGCUCAUCGACAAUGACAUAUCAGCGCAUCCGGAUGAACCAGUGCGCCCACGAUUGUUGGAUGUUGUUCGGGACAUCAGGACAAAAUUGAAACUGAAAAGCAUCAAUGAUUGCUCAGAUGCUUGGCUCGAUUUGGAAAGAGUCACAAGCCAUUACCCUGUCGCUUACAAAGAACCUUUGAACGCUGUUCUUGUCGAAGAAGUUCAAUUUCAUAACAGAUUGAUUGCAGUCAUAGAAGCCACCCUCACUGAUGUCGAAACAAAAAUCUUUGAAGCAGAAUAUGAAAUCAUUGAAUCAUUGAGCCAAAAUAGAGUUCCCGGUAAAUGGAUGAUCUGUGGAUUGUACAUGACUAACAGUAUUGAUUGCUCUACUCUUUCCCGGUUCAUUGAAGCUCUUUCCAGUCGCCAUGAUUUUUUCAGUUCCUGGAUAGAAAACGGUCAUUACAAAGGAAGUUUGUGGGUCGGUGGAUUAGCCGACUGCAGGAAAUUUCUUCUUGCAGCCCAAUUGACUUUGUCUCGAAAAAUUGGAAUUCCUCCGAGUUCUCUUGCAGUGAUGUACGAGGUGACCAAUGUCAGAACCGACCAGCAUAAACUCUGGAAGCUCAUAGCAGUUGCUGCAGACCUGAUGAAUUGUACUCACAUCCAUGGACUUCAUUUGUCUGGGGCUCGAUGGGACGUUGAACGUUCCACACUCGUCGAAACUCUCCCAAAAGUAUACUGGAAUCCAAUGCCUAUCAUUCGUUUAAUACCGAGCUCUAUUGACUCGUUAUCCACAAGGAAGGAGGAGCAGUGGAAAACUAAUUAUUACGCUUGUCCACUUAACCGGUCCCCUGUGGCAUGUCAAUCUUCUAGUUUUCAUUUCCUUGGCUCUUUGUCCGUUAAUUAUAUUACGAGAAUACCGCUGGAAAGCAAGGACAUUAAAAUCGAACACUGGAUUAAACGAAGAACUCUUUUGUAUUGCAAUAAAUAAUACAACUCAAUCGCUUGCGUACUGUCA